AUGGCAGGGCCUUCUCUUACCAUCUUCUUCUUGAGCUUGCUAUUCUUCUGUGCGAUAUCUGAAGCUUCCAAGUGCUCAGUCAAAGGGUUACCUGAAGUAAGAAAUAUCAGUGCCCUUCCACAGAGUAACUAUGGAAGGGGAGGUUUGGCACACACAACUGUUGCUGGUUCACUCUUGCAUGGGUUGAAAGAGGUUGAGGUUUGGCUGCAAACAUUUUCUCCAGGAUCAGGCACACCAAUACACAGGCAUUCUUGUGAAGAAGUUUUUGUUGUCCUAAAGGGGAGUGGAACUCUCUACCUUGCACCAAACUCACACGAGAAGUCCCCUGGAAAACCACAAGAAUUCUCUAUCUUUGCAAAUAGCACAUUUCACAUACCUGUUAACGAUGCUCACCAGGUCCGGAAUACAAAUGAGCAUGAGGAUCUGCAAGUGCUUGUUGUCAUAUCUCGUCCCCCAGUUAAAGUGUUCAUAUAUGAGGACUGGUUCGUGCCUCACGCUGCAGCAAAAUUAAAGUUCCCCUACUACUGGGAUGAAGAGUGCCUUGAAGUCGAACCGCCGCCAAAGGACGAGCUAUGA